GGCGCGCGCAGGGGCCGCGUCAGCGCCCGUGAGCCCAUUCAUCUGUGCACUUGGGCGUUGGACCCCGCAUCUUAUUAGCAACCAGGGAGAUUUCUCCAUUUUCCUCUUGUCUACAGUGCGGCUACAAAUCUGGGAUUUUUUAUUACUUAUUUUUUUUUUAAAAAACUACACUUGGGCUCCUUUUUUUGUGCUCGACUUUUCCACCCUUUCCCCUCCCUCCUGCGCUGCUGCUUUUUGAUCUCUUCGACUAAAAUUUUUUUAUCCGGAGUGUAUUUAUUCGGCUCUGUUCUGUCCUCUUCACCACCCCCACUCCCCCCUCCCUCCGGUGUGUGAGCUGCUGCCGCCGCCGCCGCUGCUGCCGCCGCUACUGCUGCUCGCCCCGUCGUUACACCAACUCGAGGCUCUUUGUUCCCCUUGGAUCUGUUGAGUUUCUUUGUUGAAGAAGCCAGCAUGGGUGCCCAGUUCUCCAAGACCGCUGCGAAGGGAGAAGCCGCCGCGGAGAGGCCCGGGGAGGCGGCUGUGGCCUCGUCGCCUUCCAAAGCCAAUGGGCAGGAGAACGGCCACGUGAAGGUCAACGGCGACGCGUCGCCCGCGGCCGCCGAGCCGGGCGCCAAGGAGGAGCUGCAGGCCAACGGCAGCGCCCCGGCCGCCGACAAGGAGGAGCCCGCGGCCUCGGGGAGCGGGGCGGCGUCGCCCGCCGCGGCCGAGAAAGAGGAGCCCGCGGCCGCCGCCCCCGACGCCGGGGCCAGCCCCGCGGAGAAGGAGGCCCCCGCCGAGGGAGAGGCCGCGGAGCCCGGCUCGCCCUCGGCCGCGGAGGGGGAAGCGGCGUCGGCCGCCUCCUCGACGUCUUCGCCCAAAGCCGAGGACGGGGCCACGCCCUCGCCCAGCAACGAGACCCCGAAAAAAAAAAAGAAGCGCUUUUCCUUCAAGAAGUCCUUCAAGCUGAGCGGCUUCUCCUUCAAGAAGAACAAGAAGGAGGCGGGCGAGGGCGCUGAGGCCGAGGGCGCGGCCGGGGCCUCCGCCGACGGCGGCAAGGACGAGGCCGCGGGGGGCGCCGCCGGCGCAGAGGCGGGCGCGGCCCCAGGGGAGUCCGCGGGGGCGCCGGGCGAGGAGGCCGCGGCGGGCGAGGAGGGGGCGGCGGGCGGCGACGCGCCGGAGGCCAAGCCCGCGGAGGCCGCCGCGGCGCCCGAGAAGCCGGCCGCCAGCGAGGAGGCCCCGGCCGCGGAGGAGCCCGCCAGGGCCGAGGAGAAGGCGGAGGAGGCCGGGGCCAGCGCGGCGGCCUGCGAGGCGCCCUCCGCCGCGGGCACCGGCGCGUCCCCGGAGCCGGAGGCGGCCCCCGCGGAGGAGGCGGCCGGCUCGGCCUCGUCGGCCUGCGCGGCGCCCUCCCAGGAGGCCCAGCCCGAGUGCAGUCCGGAGGCGCCCCCGGCGGAGGCGGCAGAGUAAAAGGGCCAGAUUUUCUGAGAUAAUCCAAGAACUUUUUUACCCCCCCCUCCCCCCCGUUUGUUUGUUGGAGUGGUGCCAGGUACUGGUUUUGGAGAACUUGUCUACAACCAGGGAUUGAUUUUAAAAGAUGUCUCUUUUUUUUUUUGUCCUUUUUUUUUUUUUUUAAGCAGCCGAUUUUGGGUUUCUCCCCCUCCCCACAGAUCCCAUCUCAGAUCAUUCUGUGACCACCAUUCCAACAGGUCGAGGAGAGCUUAAAACACCUUCCUCUGCCUUGUUUCUCUUUUGUUUUUAUUUUUUUGCAUCAGUAUUAAUGUCUUUUGCAUACUUUGCAUCUUUAUUCAAAAGUGUAAACUUUCUUCGUCAGUCUAUGGACAUGCCCAUAUAUGAAGGAGAUGGGUGGGUCAAAAAGGGAUAGAUAUCCGAUGAAGUGCUAGGGCCCGUGGGGACGCGGAGUGGUGCAUAGCGUUGCCAAGAUACUGUGCCACCGCAAAGGAUGGUGUAAAGGCUUAGGCUUUUUUCUUUCUUUCUUUUUUCUUUUUUUUAAGAAAAGUUAUUAGGAUGUAUUUUGUGAGGCAGGUUUACAACACUACAAGUCUUGACUAAGGAAAGAGAAAACACCAAUACUCAGAUUUUUAAAAAAGAUUAUAGCCCUAGGAGUUCAUUUAAACCAUAGGAACUUUUCACUUAUCUCAUGUUAGCUGUACCCGUCAGUGAUUAAGUAGAACUACAAGUUGUAUAGGCUUAUUGUUUAUUGCUGGUUUAUGACCUUAAUAAAGUGUAAUUAUGUAUUACCAGCAGGGUGUUUUUAACUGUGACUAUUGUAUAAAAACAAAAACAAAUCUUGAUAUCCAGAAGCACAUGAAGUUUGCAACUUUCCACCCUGCCCAUUUUUGUAAAACUGCAGUCAUCUUGGACCUUUUAAACACAAAUUUUAAACUCAACAAAGCUGUGAUAAGUGGAAUGGUUACUGUUUAUACUGUGGUAUGUUUUUGAUUACAGCAGACAAUGCUUUCUUUUCCAGUCGUCUUUGAGAAUAAAGGAGAAAAAAAAAAAUUCUUCAGAUGCAAUGGUUUUGUGUAGCAUCUUGUCUAUCAUGUUUUGUAAAUACUGGAGAAGCUUUGACCAAUUUGACUUAGAGAUGGAAUGUAACUUUGCUUACAAAAAUUGCUAUUAAACUCCUGCUUAAGGUGUUCUAAUUUUCUGUGAGCACACUAAAAGCGAAAAAUAAAUGUGAAUAAAAUGUACAAAUUGGUUGUGUUUCUUUAUGUUCUGAUAAAAUACUGAGAUUUCUAGGUCUUAGGAUAAUUUUGAGGAAGAUCUUGCAUGUCAUCAAACAGUAAAUUAUCUUGUGGUUUUUAAUCUGAAGUUUUUAAACUCUGAAAUUAAUAAUCAGCAGUGUCAGAUUACAUACAGGCAGAUCUUAUAACAUUCCAUGUCAAAUCUGUUACCAUUUAUCUGCAUUUAGUUUUCAUUUAAAAAUUGAACAUUUACUUUUAUUGUAGUUAUAUAGCAUGUCAGAAUAAGUCAUUUAAUACAACAGUAUGGGACCGAAGACAAUUUAAAUGUCUGUGAAAAUUUCAUAAAACAAUCUUUUUGUUAUGCAGAUCCAGAAACUUAAAUUGAUAAUGACUGAGUCCAUUUAAUUCAAACUGCAGAUGGGUCAUGUAAAGUGGCCAAAUGUGUUUCAAAAAUUGAUGCUGUAUUACCUACCAUUGUAAUUGCUUAAUGCUUGGCUGAUUUCCAAAUUAUUGCUUAGAUUGUGUGUUAUACCUUAGGAAAACAGUCUUAUGUAAAGAAGUAAUGGUGAUGAAUGGACAACACUGUCAAUUUAUGGGCCUUUAGUACUUGUUUCAAUUCAAUAAUUGUAAGCAGUUCUUUUAAUGAAAGUAGUGCAUUAGCAUCUUGUUACUCAAAGGAAAAGAUAGAGAAUACUUAUAUAGUAAUAAUCCUUACUAGUUUACCUCCUUUCUUUUACCACCUUAUAACUGGAUUUCUUUACCCUAAACUCAGUUGGAUUUUAAGAUAAAGAUAUGUAUCAAUUACCAUUACUUUUAAAUACAAAGAAAAUUUGUUUACGCACACCCGCUUUACUAUCUUGAGCAGUGUGCCUUGUAGGGUUCACAAUAAGUCAGUGAACCACAUAACAACUGAAUGCCAAAUCUUAAACUCAUAACAGAUUAGUUUUUGAAAUGCCUUUUAAUUGGAAUAAUGGAUCAAAUAAUAGUUCAUGACCCCUCAUUAAACUUCUUACCCAUUAAAAAGAUCACAUAAUGUUUGGAAGAAUGUACCUGAGUUGGGGUUUCUUUAUUUGGAGGAUGUUUGAAAGUUCAAAGUCAAAUCUGGUGACCAAAGGACUGCUGUAUCAGGUCUUUCCCACCUUACUAACUUUUCUUAAACACCUGCUUGGCCAAGUACAGUGCCUGGUAUGUGGUAGGAUUCAGAAAAAGGAUUUUAAAAAGUAACUCUUGAGUAGUCAAAAAUACUGUGUAGUUAACUAUAUUGCUAGGUUUGCUCUUUUAACAGCUGGAAUUUAUUAAGAUGCAUUAUUUUUAUUUUAAUCAUUGCCUAAAAACACUUUGGGUGGUAUUGAUGGAGUGGUGGGUUUUCCACCAAGUGAUUAAAUGAGAUUUGACAUAUAUCUUUUCAUCCAAAGUUUUGUACAUCACAUUGUUUUCUAAUGGGAAAAAAAUGUUAAUAUGGCUUUUUUUGUAUUACUAAACAUAGCUUUGAGAUUAAGGAAAAAUAAAUAACUCUUGUACAGUU